AUGCAUGAGGGUGAAGAAGAUGCUAAUGCUAUUGACGUAGAGGUUGAAGAUGAUGGUCAUGUAGAAGAGUUCCAUGAGGUUGAAGAAGAUGUUAAUGGUGUUGAAGGAUUUGUGGAUGAUGAAGUUGAUGUUUGUAGUUGGAGUACAUCUAGUGAUGAACGUGAUGUACAUGAAAAUAAUGAGUGCUUAGAGGGACUUGUGGAUGUGACUGUUCAAUGUGAUAUAGAUGGUGAUAUAAAUGGUGAUGUAGAUGGUAAUGUGGAAGUAGAAGUAGAAAGUCUUAAAGCCAGUGAUGAAGUGAGUGUUGAAAGUGAUGAUCAUGAUGAAAGAGGUUUGUCAGAUGAGGAGUGGAAAUCUGAGGAAUUACUUACUGCAACAGAUAGUGAUGAAGAGGUUAAUGACACUAAAGGUCAUGGGAGGUUUAUUACUUUUUGUAUGCCAAAAAGUAUGGUGGACUUUACAUGGGAAGUAGGGACAUUUUUUGCAAAUAAGCAAGAUAUUAUAGAUGUAAUUAAAGGGUAUGCGAUGGAAAAUGGUAGGAAUAUAAAGUUUGUCAAAAGUGACAAAAUAAGAUUGAGGAUGAAGUGCAUUGGUGCAAAAGGAGAACGCCUAUGGACCAUAUAUUGUGCUUAUAUGGAGGCUGAGAAAUCAUGGCAAUUGAGAACUAAAAAUGACAUUCACACAUGUAGCAGGGAGUUCAAUCUCAAGUUACUUGAUGCUAAGUGGUUGAGCUCAAAGUUGGAGAAAACAAUAAGGGAAAAUCCUAAAAUGAAGGGUGUAGAUAUUCGUGAAAAAGUUCAAAGGAAGUGGAANAUAGGUAUAUCUAGGGGUAUGGCUUAUAGAGCCAAAGCUAUUGCUUCUGAGCACAUUGAUGGGUCCUUUAAAGAACAAUAUAAAAGGAUAUAUGAUUAUGCAUAUGAGGUGUUGGGAAGAAAUCCUGGAUCUACAGUCAAAGUGGUUGUUGAGAAUAAUGAGGCUGAGUAUGGUGGUGAGUUUUUAACCGUUGUUGGGAGAGAUGGAAAUGAUCAAAUGUUGCCCAUUGCAUAUGCGGUGUUAGAAGGGGAAAACAAAGAUUCAUGGUCCUGGUUUUUGAAUCUUUUGAUUGAUGAUCUUUGUGGUCAAGAAGGUCUACUACCAGCCAUUCAAGAGCUACUCCCCAGUGUUGAUAAGAGGUUCUGUGUCAGACACUUAUAUUCAAACUUUAAGAAGAAAUUUCAUGGUAAAAAUCUGAAGAAACUGAUGUGGAGUGCAGCUACUGCCACUCAUCCACAAAAUUGGGAGAGGGAGAUGAGAAACAUUAAAGAUGUCAAUGAAGACUCAUUCAAGCAUUUGAUAGCCAUCCCUCCAAGAUACUGGUCAAGGUCUAGAUUCAAUUCAAGACCAAAAUGUGACACAUUGGUGAACAAUAUGAGUGAGACAUUCAACAAUGUAUUGGUUCAUACCCGGACUAAACCAAUCAUUACAAUGCUGGAAGAAAUCAGGGUGUACAUCAUGCAAAGAUGGGCAAAAAACAGGACUAAGAUACAGUCAUUUACAGGAUCAAUUUGUCCAAAAAUCCAGGCUAGAUUUAAAAAGGAACCCCAAUCAACCAAGAACUGGAUUCCUAGUUGGUCAGGAAAUCAAUUGUUUGAAGUGAGACACGUCUCCCACAGUGAAGACAAAUUUGUUGUAAUCAUAGACGACUUGUCAUGCUUCUACAGGAGAUGA